GCAGAAAAUCAUGAGAGUGAAAAAAACAACAAUAUCUAUAUAUCUCUUUUGCACUCAUGAUUUUCUGCUUUAGGUCGACAUAUUCUGUUCACAUGGGAUCUCACCCUUCCUUCCCGGGACCCAGUUUGAUGUGCAGAGACUGAGCAUGGCACAAGAUAUUAUUAUUAUAUUAUAUACUAUUAUUGUUAUUGCCCUACAUAUACUUUUAACCUUGUUACACUCACUGAUCAACGCAAAACACAGCUUUUGAAAGUAAACAUGUUAAUACAUCCUCAUAUUUAGCACCAUAUUGUGCUUUCUUUUAUUCUAACGAUGCUCAUCUAUUAGUGGGGGUCUAACAAAUUAACUAUUAAAAACUUUCAUGUUCUUUGUUAGGUUGGAUCUACAUGUCAACGAAAAAAUAAAAAACACGAUGCGCAAACGCGAGACAAAUCUAACACAUCAUCGAAACUUUUCUAAAAGUUGAAAUUACCUUGAAUGCAAUGUUCGGAAUCUUUAACUUUGGCUGCUUCGCAAAAUAAACAUUGUAAACGAACUCAUUCACCCAAGAUUAACAACCUCUCGAUACGUUUCGUAUUCUUUUUAUUGGAGUGUCUUUGAGUCGGUAGUGUUUGUUGUGUUGUAAGAAGAUUCCAGAAAGAAAUGAAUGUGACAUGUCUGCUGAUUUAUGCGGUUGAACUAGUAACGAUACACCGGAACGGCGGAACCGGAAACCUGUCUUUUCUGUCGAGUCAUCAAUGGAAGCCACAUCCAGCUCUUGCCAAAUUAUCGGAAUUUUAUUUUAUUCCAAACAAUUACAUAGUGAUGAUGGUGAUUUAUGCGAGCAAUUCAACUCAAUUCAGUCUACAAUUCAAAAAAAUAUUGCCGGCGAUUUAGAAAAAAACAUCGUCUGAAGUUUCGAAGAGAUUGGAGGAUAUUCGAACGCGUUACGCCUUCUAAAGACUUUUGUUUAUGAUCUCUGCAGAUUUGUUUACUUUUCGUUUUUAAUACUAGGAAAAUUCCGUUUGGAUUUGAAACUGAUAAUAAGUGCGAUUCCAUGAGAGAUCACAUCGAACUAGCAGUUUCGAGAAGACAAGCCAUGCUUAUCGAGCUAUGGGGGACAUCCCAAACGUUAGUGUCGUGAAGAGCAGUCCAAUCGACCUAAUUGGGGGAACCAAUCGAAAUAGCAGUGUCGUGAAGAGCAGUCCAGUCGACCUAAUUGGAGGAGCCAAUCCAAGUAGCAGCUUCAGGGAGACGAGCCAUGCUAGUCGAGCUAGAGGGACAUCCCAAACGACAGUCGUGAAGAGCAGUCCAGUCGACCAAAUGGGGGGAACCUAUCGAAAUAGCAGUGUCGUGAAGAGCAGUCCAGUCGACCUAAUUGGGGGAGACAAUCCAAGUAGCAGCUUCAGGGAGACCAGCCAUGCUAGUCGAGCUAGAGGGACAUCCCAAACGACAGUCGUGAAGAGCAGUCCAGUCGACCUAAUUGGGGGAGCCAAUCCAAGUAGCAGCUUAAGGGAGACCAGCCAUGCUAGUCGAGCUAGGGGGACAUCCCAAACGACAGUCGUGAAGAGCAGUCCAGUCAAUUUAAUGGGGGAGCCAAUCCAAGUAGCAGCUUAAGGAAGACCAGCCAUGCUAGUCGAGCUAGAGGGACAUCCCAAACGACAGUCGUGAAGAGCAGUCCAGUCGACCUAAUUAAGGGAAGCAAUCGAAAUAGC